AUGGCUAAUAGACUCUCUUCUUCCCUCACUCCAGGCCAACGACCACGUCGUCAGUAUCUCAACAAGGCAACGGAAUUCUUCUUUCGUGAACUUGAUAAGGGAUUCUCCUCCAUCUACGUUGUCCUCUCCACAGGCGCCCUGCUCUCCGUCGCUGGAUGGAAACUCAUGGUUUAUUAUAUUGAGCCCAGACGAGCCACUCAAUUCGCGGAGUGGCGCCGGCCGUAUUCCCGCGUGCCGCUGAGUGAUGCGCACAAUUUCUUCUGGGGAUUUGCGGCCGCGGAGCCUCAUCCCAAUCACAUCGCGGCCGGCUUGACGGCAGACGUCGAGGAGGCCCUGCGGCGGCCCACACUUGUGUACAGCGCGGCGAGUGAAGUGGGCGGCAGUGUGAUGUGCAUGCAGCUGCCGGAGUAUGAUGCCCAGCGCGGCGAUGAUGUGGUCUACCGCAGUCUACACUACGUGGAGAACUCUCCAUCUAUUUUAUCAUCAUCAUCAUCAUCAUUAGUGGAAGUAGUGGGAGGAGAAGAAGAAGGAAGAGGUGGAAACACUAUGAAAGAAAAGAAAUCACAACAACAACAACAACAACAACAACAACAAAAGAAAGAAGAGAAAGAGGAGGAAGAGGAGACAUCUUUGUAUCUCUCACGUAUGCCGGGUGGUGGGGCCUCUGUUAUUCACGGUAUGGUGAAAUGUAAAGCCAUUACAUCACAGAAUAAUUGUGUUCCAUACGCUGGUCAUCUUGAAAGUGAAUAUGCACGGAAGAUGAUGUUAGCACUUGGGCCUGUACAUAUUCUUCGAGAUAUUGCGAAGACUACUUUUCCAUUCCGCUUCACCACAGUGAAAGAGACUCCCAUCUCAGCGCUUGUGUGUGGUCUCCACAGUGGUGAGAUCCCACGUUGGCUGAGUAAUACAUUUCCAAACUUUCACGUGGAUGUUGUAGAGCGUGAUGGGACACUUGCACGUAUUUGUCGUCGCUUUAUGGGAUUUCAAGAAUCCAGCAAUCUUCGACUUUUCAUUGCAGAUCCCAUUGAAUUUCUUCGACAUAGUGCUAUCGUGAAUACUAAUAGUGUAAAUAGUAGAGGAUCCGCAGGACAACGCUAUGAUCUUAUCAUGCUAGACACCGUAGAUGGUAUGGGAAAAUUAAGCACACAGUAUGGUCGAUUAGAGUUUAUUAAUAAUGUACGUAAUAGUUUAACUUCUGCUGGAUGUGUGAUUGCGUCUAUUCCUAAUCGAGAUGGUGCAUUUCUAUACAAUAUGGUCCAGAAUUGGCGUGUCGCAUUUACAGGACGUACAGUGAUUCUCGUUCACUGCGUAACAUCUCCACAUACGAUGCUGAUGACUUUUCAAGAUGAUGCGGAUCGGGGAAAAGCAAACUUUGGCGCAGUUGCAGAUGCCGAAGAGUUUAGAGAUUUAUUACGUACAAAACUUUCCCACUACGGACCACAACGUGUAACCUUUGAUCUCACCCGUGAAGUCUCUGAUGAAUCCUUUCGCAUACUCUUACCAGGCCGAACAUAUCCGUUAACGGCGUAUUUGCCAGCUGGACACCCGGAGUUGAAGGAUGUAUCCACGAUGAGAAGUGAAGGAGGACGGAAGUGGGGUGAUUGGCUGCGGCAUUGGUCUAGCACGUGGUUAACGCCAACUCAACGGGCAGAUUUGCAGAACAUGGGGAGAUGA